GGUACUGGAAGUGUGCGGAAGUUUGUCAUGUGUAUGCCGAAACGACUGGGCAGCCUCAUUUGUCUGGACAUCUGGCAUGAUAAUAGUGGAAAAGGCAAUGCUGCCUCCUGGCUCCUCAGCAAAGUCGAGAUCAUGGAUCUGCAGUCAAUGGAAAGGUUUACUUUUGUUUGUAACCGAUGGCUGUCUCUAGAUGAAGAGGAUGGAUCGACACAGUGUGCACUGCCAGUAUCUGACAAAGAAGACCUCGACUCAUUCGGGUAUCACUUUAGGGACAACUCUAGACAUUCCACAACUGAUGGUCACCUGUGGCUCUCGAUCUUCAUCCGUCCAGAGGACAGCAACUUCACCCGAGUACAGCGUCUCUCCUGCUGCUUAGCCUUGCUUUUCUUGGCUAUGAUUGCCAGCGCCAUGUUCUACAAAACUGACAGCGGGCAGAAUCAAGUCGCCUUCGGACCGUUAAAAUUUUCAUUGACAAGUCUGUACAUUUCUUUUAUGAGCAUAGUCAUCAGUGCUAUACCUGUAUUUCUGAUAUCGAUAUUGUUUCAGAAAUCGAAGAAAAAAUCAAUUAUUGAAGAAAUGGACAAAAAAACUAUUACGAAGUUUGCGAACUUACCUGACAUCGCUCAAGUUGACGAAUAUUCUCGACGUAAAAGCAUCGGCGAUGAGAAGGUCUUCAUGCUGCCUUACUGGUGUGUGUAUGUGGCCUGGGGUUUGGCCGUCUGCUCGGUGCUGAUGUCUGGUUUCUUUGUAAUGUUGUACAGUAUGGAAUGGGGGGAAACCAAAUCGGAGGAAUGGCUGCUGUGUUUCCUAUUGUCGUUUGUAGAAUCCAUCUUAAUCACUGAUCCCAUCAAGGUUAUUACCGUUGCUUUCCUCAUAUCCUAUUUCUUCCGAAAACAAUCUGUGAACAGCAAAGCGGAGCUAGACAUCCAGAACGUUUUGGAGGAAGCCAAAAAGCGUGCCGCAGUUCCCAAGGAUAAUACAAGCAGUGUGAAAGUGGAAUAUCCAACAUCACAGCUCGGGCGGGAGUGUGUGGAGAAAAUGAAGGAACAGCGACAGAAGGAGCUGAAGGCCAAGAUGGUGUUCCUGGAACUGUUCUGCUACGUACUGUUCAUCUCCGUCCUCUACCUGAUCAGCUACAGCAACCGCGACAGUCGGUCCUACCAGUUCAGGUCCCACCUUGAGAACCAUCUGCUCAAAAGUCCCAAGAGCAAUUCAUCCUCGGAUACGCUACGGUUCAGCAAU